AGCUGUCUUAACGCUGGCUUCACCACUUAGCCCCUUUCAUCAGUCACCAGCGGAUUGCCAAACUGGUGCAGCAACUUUCCUGCAUAAAUUUCCUCAGAAUAUGUCGUUGACCAACACAAAGACGGGCUUUUCUGUAAAGGACAUUUUGGAUCUCCCUGACACAAACGAUGAGGACGGAUCUAUUACAGGAGUUGAGGAAGACACAGAGGGGACGGAAGCCACGAAAACGACUGGGGUUUUGGUGCAGAGUCCCUUAGAAAAUGUUCAAAAUCUGCCCUUAAAGAAUCCAUUUUACGAUAAUAGUGAUAAUCCCUACACAAGAUGGCUUGCCGCUACAGACAGCAUUCAAUAUUCAUUGCAAGGUCUUUCGGCUAAUUCCCAGCAAGACUCCUCUGCCAAAUCUCCUGAGCCUUCCGCGGACGAAUCGCAAGACAAUGACAAGGAAACUUCUAGCAACGGCAGCGACUCCGGUAAGAAGAGAAAACGGAGAGUUUUGUUUUCCAAGGCUCAGACUUACGAACUGGAACGGCGAUUCAGGCAGCAAAGGUACCUGUCGGCGCCUGAGAGAGAACACCUUGCUAGUCUAAUUCGCCUGACACCUACACAAGUGAAAAUCUGGUUCCAGAACCAUCGGUACAAAAUGAAGAGAGCUCGAGCAGAGAAAGGUAUGGAAGUGACCCAUCUACCCUCUCCUCGAAGGGUGGCUGUACCUGUUUUAGUCAGAGACGGCAAGCCCUGCCACACACUUAAAGCUCAGGACUUGGCGGCCACUUUCCAGGCUGGAAUCCCGUUCUCGGCGUACAGUGCCCAGUCUCUUCAGCAUAUGCAAUAUAAUGCUCAGUACAGCGCUGCCGCCACGCCGCCGUUCCCAGGCGCACAUCAUUUGGUGCAGACGCAACAGUGGACUUGGUGAACAUUUAGAGACUGGCGGGAGCGGCGCUUUCACGUGAUAGGGAGCAAAGAAAAAACAAUAAAACAAAAAAUAAAGACUUUGCAUUUUUUGCAGCUUGACCCAUAUCUACCGUUUUUAAUUUGGGGCUGAUAUGUGCGUCACGUUUACAAGGUUUCUUCACGAGAACCGAGUGCAGCCUCUCCCUCGAUCUAAGAAUGUCAAUGCGCUUGUGAAAUUUUGUAAAGUAUGUUUGUGUGUUGUAGAGAUGUUUUUUUUUCUUCUUGUCACCCGUGUAACAAGCACGUACAGAAACCACUUUAAAAUUAUAUAGACCUUUAUUUCCAGCUGCUUUUACACUGGACCUAAAUAUUUAUGGCCUUGAAUAAAACCUUGGCAAGUUUUAGCUUAUUUUAUUUUUUCUUCUUUCUUUUUUGUAAAUAUUUAGUGGUAAUUGUUUGCAAUGCAGUUCACUUUCCAGGAUAUUUAGCUGGAAACGUGUAUUUCCCAAUUUCAAAGAAAAAAAGACACAACAUUGUGAAUAAGCUGUCAAAAGAAUUCGUUUAGCUCUAUUGUAAUUAUGUGAAUAACCGU